CCAGACAGUAGAGGAAGAGUCGUUACUGUUUUGCUCGACUGGUCUACUCGCAGAGUGAAUGAGGAGAAAACAUUUCGAACAGGGCGACACAUCUGAUUGAGCUUUUAUUGUUUGCAUAUCCAGAUCAUCUGUCACCAUGACAACCAAGCGAGGACUGAUAACUGAUUCAUUCAAGGUGGUGAAGAAAGCAAGGAGAGGCGGAAAACGACGGAAGACACCUACUCCUCCUCCACCACAGAUAGAGGCUGAAAUUAAAACAGUCAGAGAGGAGGAGCUGCAGAAGCUCAGAGACUUCGAUCUGGACUGGAGAUUUGGGCCCUGCACAGGUAUCAGCAGGCUGCAGAGAUGGGAGAGGGCAAAGCUCCAUGGUCUGAACCCACCUGAGGAGAUCAGAUACCUGCUACUGCAAACACACACUGACCCUGAGUACAACCUGAGCUUAUGGAGCGAAUAUCCUUUGUGAGGACGAAGGCCUAAGGAACAAACUCCAACAAAUGUAAAGACAGGUUUCAAAGCUCCAGAAAAAAGGGAAAAGGUUUAGGGGGGGGGGGGGGGCAGGAAGGGGAGUGUGUUGUUAAGGGAGAUACCUUAUGAAGAGCAACAGAGGAUCCAUUUUCCAGGACGGAAUCAGAAGAAUGACGAACACCCACUGCUAUGUUGUCUUUUACACACUAAGUUUUUAUUCACAUUUUUAAUAAACAAAAUUCUACCAAA